CCGCGGAUCGCUUCAUUUCGAAGCAGACGUCUGGCUCCUUCAGUGGCAGUUUACUGUCUUUCUGCGUCAAGAUAUCAGAUCACUUCAUUCCCAUGUCUCCGACGUAUCUGACUCCGCGAUAUAUCGAAAUGUACGGUGAAGUGUUUAUGUAGUAUUCGUUGCAACCGUAGACACCAUUCACGUGCCAGACCAAGACCUAUCCAUCCGAUCCAUCGACAUCAACUCGAAACACCUCGUGGACUUGAUCGGCGAAAAAGGCCUCUAAAAGAACGUUCAUUCAACAUGGAUCAAAAGCGGCUGUACAAAGUGGUGCUCACAGGAGGACCUUGUGGCGGCAAAACGACCGGACAGAUGCGGCUGUGCACAUUCUUCGAAAAUAUGGGCUGGAAGGUGUUCCGUGUUCCCGAGACAGCGACCGUGCUGCUCAGCGGCGGCAUAAAGUUUUCAGACCUGAACGCUGAAGAGGCAUUCAAAUUUCAAGAGAACUUACUGCGCACGAUGAUACAGAUCGAAAAUACGUUCUUCCAGCUGGGCGAGAGUUCAUCGCGGAAUUGCCUUAUUAUCUGUGAUCGCGGUGCCAUGGAUGCCUCUGCAUUUAUUUCCAAGGAUAAGUGGGAACUGAUGAUGGCAUCGAACGGAUGGAAUAACGUCGAGUUACGAGAUAACAGGUAUAAUCAGAUCAUUCACAUGGUCUCAGCAGCGAACGGCGCUGAAGAUUUCUACUCGACGGAGGAUCAUGCGUGUAGAUCAGAAGGCGUUGAAGUAGCUAGAGAGCUGGAUUAUAAAGCGGCCGCUGCAUGGGUAGGACAUCCUUACUUCGAUGUGAUCGACAAUUCGCAAGAUUUCGAGGCGAAGAUUUGUCGUAUGAUCGAGUGCGUAUGCCAGAAACUAGGCAUAGAUACCGGAGACAGAUUGCGCGCGAGCAGUUGUAAAGUUAAGUUCCUCGUGAAGGGUCCUCUACCGCCAGAUUCCGAGUUCCCGCCGUUCCAAGACUUCGAUGUCGUCCACAACUACCUCCAGAGCAACACUCCGAAAAUGCAAGCUCGUCUCCGUAAGCGCGGCCAAAAAGGUCACUGGUCGUACAUUCACACGAUCCGUCGUCCGAAAAUGUGCGGACAGGUGAUCGAAGUGAAGACACAAUUGACUCAUCGUGAUUACUUGAAUAUGCUCGCUCAACGCGACGACUCGCAUUUCACCAUCUUCAAACGUCGACGUUGUUUCCUCAUUAACAAUCAGUAUUUCCAAUUAGACAUAUACAGAGAGCCAGCUCAUCCAAGAUGCCGGGGAUUGAUGUUACUUGAAACGUACACAGCACUCUCAGGUAUCGAGCUUAAAAACAUAUUGCCACAGUUCCUGACAAUCGAGAAAGAGGUCACUGGAAAUCCGGAUUACAGCAUGUUCAAUCUGAGUCUGCGGGAAGAAUGGAACAAUACUAAUAAAUACUGCCACAAUUUACACGAUUACGCUCUUGCAGGCUUCGCGGAAUCUGGAUCGACAGAAAAUAAAAACAUUAAUCCGUCAGAAGUGAAAGAUAUAUCAGCUAAAAAGCAAGUAAACGGAGUUGAUUGUAGAGUCAAUGGUGUAGAUAAAGUUGUAAAUGGUGUCCACGGUGUUACGAAUGGUAACUUGAAGUUUGUUGAACAAAAUAACAUAAAAAGCAAUAGUCAAGAACGCGCUAGUUCUACGAAACAUUGAACGAUGUAAUUUCCAAGAAAAAAUGAAAAAACGAGUGCGAAAGGGUGUAAUGAGAGUGGAUCAUUUCGAAACUGUGAAAACACGACGGUAAAUAUAUUAGGCAAUGAUGAGGGGCUACUUGUUUAAAUAAUUCAAGAAAAAAAGAAAAGAAAAGGGAUUAAGUAUUUCAUUGGCACUGACAGUUAAACUCGAUCUAAAACUUCCUAUGCAAU